UCACACUGACACAACACAUCUCUGUCUUGUAAGGUCAAGUUUCUCAAAAAGCUGAACCCUUUCCCCUUCCCUGCAAGCAAAAACCCAGAGUUUAAGAAUUAAGCACAGACCCACCACCACCCUUCUGCCCACAGCUCACUCUCCCCGACCUCCUCCAUGCCUUAUCGCCGCCAUAGCUCUCCGUCUCUUCUCCUCAACCUACCAUUACUAAUCUUACUCUUAUCCGUUGUCGUUUUCCUUCUCUUCUUCUAUGCAAUUUCUUCUUCCUCCUCUUCUCAUGCUAAACUUCGACCCGCUACUGUCAAGAAAAGUUGGGACUCUCUCAACGUCUUUCUUAUCCUCUUUGCGGUCCUCUGUGGGAUCUUUGCCAGAAAAAAUGAUGAUGAUCAUUCUGCUCCCGCCGAUGAUACUCACAACUUCAAUCGGAACGUUUUACGUGGGAAAGAGGAACGUCGCACUGUUUCUAAUAAUUGGUUUGAUCAGUUCACGGUUGCAACACCGGCUACCGGUGGUAUCCGGAGGCUAAAGAGGAGUAGUAGCUCCUAUCCAGAUCUGAGGAACGAGUAUUUUUGGGAAUCUGGCGAUGAUCGCUCUCGGUUCUUUGAUGAUUUUGAAAUUAGCAAGUAUCGGUCGUCGUCAUCAUUGUCCGGAUACGUUUAUGAUCGCAGGCAGCGAAGUGUAUUUGAAGAAUCUGUUGAUGUUAAGGAAAUUCCGGUUGAUACUUGCGUGCUUCGUUCCUCACUGCAGUCACCGUCUCCACCGCUACCAAAGUCUCCUACUCCACCUCCACCUCCUCCACCACCGCCCCCUCCUCCAUCAGCGACGAGCAAUCAGAAACAGAAGCGAUUUUUUAAAACGGUUCAACGUAAAGAAAAGAUAGAGAAACCGGGUGAAAAUGAGUAUGAAUUCUCGAGAAAAGGAAAUUCGCCACCAAAGCCACCUCCUCCACCACCACCGCCUCCGCGUCUUCCACCGCCUCCGCCAGUUAACAAGGCAACUCGAUCAGAGCGUAAGCACUGGAGUAAAAAGACUAAUGCCACUAAGGAGUUAAAGAUGGCUUUGAUUUCAUUAUACCAUCAGAGUAAAAGAAAGAAGCAGCAAAAAACUAGGAGUUUAUACGAUGAUACACUUCAAUCUCCGCCUGAAUUGCCAUCCUUUCUCGUACCUCCACCUUCGCCACCUCCGCCUCCUCCGCCUCCUCCUCCUCCUCCAACAGUAUUCCGUAGUUUGUUCAGAAAAGGAAGCAAAAAUAAGAGAAUUCAUUCAUUUUCUGCACCGCCGCCACCACCACCUCCUCCUCCACCACCACGCCAGUCAUUCUCCACGUUACAGAGGUGGUCCAAACGUAAGGGUCAGAUAUCACAUCCUACACCACCACCUCCCCCAGCUCCAGUAACACCUACACAAGCACCCUUCAGACGGCGAAAUAAUACUAUCACAACAGGACGGCCACCAUUGCCAACAAAAGCCAAUAAUUUCUACGACGAAAAUGAGAAUAUUGUAGGGAAAUCCACUCUCAUCCCAAUGCCUCCACCACCUCCACUUCCCCCCUUCAAAGUGCCAGGUUUUAAAUUUAUGAUCAAAGGUGACUACGUUAAGAUAAGGAGCGGUCAGAGCUCACGGUGCAGCUCACCGGAGUUUGAGGAGGUGGAUAAGCGGUCAACGGAGACGGUCAAUAUGAUGAAGAGCGAAGAAGCUAGAGGUGGAUCCUUGUUCUGUCCCAGCCCAGAUGUGAAUGCCAAGGCUGAUAGUUUCAUUGCCAGACUAAGAGAUGAAUGGAGAUUGGAGAAAAUAAAUUCCAUGUAGUCUCGGAGAAAUAUGGGGCUUGGCCCAGAACUAAGCCCAAUCUCUGGCCCAUCAAAAGUAUGAAACUUACUUGGAAAUUUGCACUCCGCACACAUUUCCUUCAUUUGCAUCCGCCUCUGAUGCACAUAGAAAAGUUUAUAGUUUUCAUGUACAAGCAAUGCAUGAUUACGGCAUACGACAAUUUUAUCAUACAAUUGCAGUAUCUAUAACGAUUUUAUGAUAGCCAUCGAUCGUAGUGCAAUCUAUUUAUAUUUCACUAUAAUUGAAUCGAUAGGAUGGUUAUAUGUAAUCGUUAUAUAUGAAACGGUCGUAUAUAAUAAUUUUUAUGUAUAAUUUUUAUGUAUAUUUAGCGUGCAUAAACAGGAGGGAGCACCGGUUAAUUUUUGCAGCCACUUCUUGGAGCUCCCUUUAUAUAGAAUGCGAGUGAAUUUUUUGUUUUUUUUAAUUUGUGUAAUAUCGUUUGGAAUGUGUCAAAAGAUUGAAUUGAU